UGUAGUUCCUGUUCACGAAGAAGAUCGAUUGUCGGUUGUAUUCCAGUGCACUCCAGGAUCGAUUAAAAAAAUCGAAUAUGCGGUCUUCGUUGAUAUUUUAUAUGCACAGCAGGAGCCUCUUCGUCAUUAUGAUUGUAGGUGUUGUAGGCUUGCAUGGUCAACAAAUGCUCGGUCGUUCGAGGAACAAGAAAGGGUCGGUAUAGUUGUAGUUCACACCUAUAGCACCACAGAUGAAGCCCAUCGCCUUUUUCCUCCUGAAAAACCACCACCCUAUACUGUAGCUACAGAUCAUCAUACUUACUUCGCGACUGGGUCAUAGAAGUAGUGCAUCAGUCACCUCUCGCAGCGAGGCACAUUCAUUCACUCAUUCAUUCGUUCACUCACUCAAUCAGUCUAUCAACAAUCGAAACCGCAUAUACAACAGUCUUCAUAGUACGAUUACCUGACAAAAAUCUUUACCUUACUAGGGUGAUGGUCUUGGUGUUCGUCGCAAGUUCGACUUGAAGUGCAACUACAUGGAUUCCUUUAGGAAGACGACUCGCCUUGUUUCUUAGCAUCAUGCAACCUAACAACUGAUUAAAGCACUUAUAGAUACCCCACGAAUGUACUAUCAUAAAAGAUCUUGCUCCCCACGAUUCGGCUAACUAUUCCUGCUACGUACCUACUUACGCUGUAGUUGAUGUCGAGGUAGAAGCAGAACAAAAAUUAUAUGCAAGAGCAAAUCAAUGCUACGUUGCCGCCUAGUAGAGUGCUGACAACCUAGAGGACUGUGAUUCCGAGAGCCGCCUAGAGCUCCCUUCUAGAAGAACCGCCAUAGCUGGUCUUCGUCAAGAAGAACAUCAGAGCAUCGCAUUACCACUAGUGCACUACAAGAACUAGCUAGAUCAUUAGCUGGUGGCAGAAGUCGUCUGGGUUUGGGAAAUCUUAACAAGCAUGUUGCCGAAUCGAUUCAGUAAAUCCUCCGAGCCACAACUAGCACCAGCUCAGCAGCCGCUUUUUUAGCAGUACCUCCGCGCUACAGGGUCAUUCUGGGUGUUCAACCGGAGGAUUCCACGAAACUCGAAGCUGACUCUAAUCCUUGCCCCGCCGUACGACAUCAAUCAAUGACUCCGUAAUCCCAGACGCCUCCUCUUGAGACUGUUCUACCUCUGAAAAUGCCUUAUCUGAAAAAAAAACUACUACUGCGUCGACUAGGAAUACUUCUAAUCCUACUAGUAGGGAACAACAAUAAUAAGUAGAAUAAUAGAAAAAGAACUGCAAGAACGAGGACUACUAGUACAACUACCUGCUCCACCACAAAAAUUCUUACUGGCACGAAGAAAGAGCUUCCCCAGGAUGCAGAUUCUAGUAGGUGACGAAAGCAGUACCAAGAACAUGCAGCUGACCUCGGGCUCGGCUGAGCAUCUGCAUGUAAAAAUGACAGCCUCCUCUUCAAGAGACUUGCAGCAUCUUCAAGAUGUGCCGGUGGAUUUGGAGGAUGAGGCACGACCUUUGCUCGACGUUGGCGCUUUUCAACAUGCCUUGGGACGUCAUCAUGAUCAUAAAGCCUAUGGGAAGGAGACCAGCGUUAGCGUUUUGUUCAACAGCAUGCUGUGGGCCACGAGUAAGGUCAAGCUGCACAAAAUGUUGGGGCAGAAGUUCUCUUUGGAAACCAAGAAAAACUUCAGUAGAAAGUGGAGAUGGGGAGUCCAGGAGUACUAUGACAAAAAUCCACAUGAGAUCGUCGAAGAAGAUGCGAAAAACAUGGCGACAAGAACAUCAGACUCUCUUUUAACUCAUCAUCAUCUGGAGGUAGAAGAAACGCCAUCUUCCACUGCCACUGCGUCUUUUUCAAGAGCAGGCAGCUCCAGUUGUAAAAACAAACGAGCAUCGGAGGUAGUCAGUAAAUUCUUGAACAUAGUUCCAUUUCCACCCUCCUCCAAAUGUACGUCGUCGAGCACAUCAACAGCAAUCAAAAAUUCUAGUACUCCUACUCCAGCACCAUCAACCGCUCGUGUUGGGGACUACGACUUUCACCCUCUUUCUCCUCUGCGUUCACCACCUCAGAUGAAACGUACUAUAUUAAUUCUUCAAGAACAACAAGAAGUAGUAGAGGAACAAGCAUCACCGCCUCCGGCUCCAGAUCAACGUCAAGCACUUCGGCAACACAACUUCAACAACCUCUACGAUGCUCAACAUGAAGAUGAGAUGAGAGGGAAUCAUCUAGGACAAGUCGUGCUAUCUUCUGAAGAUUUCAAGGGGAGGAAUCAUCUAGGAGGAACCAGUAGUGAGGAGCAUAAAAUCGAAGCUCGGAGACGCGCGAAAGGCUCGAAAGGCCAGCUCCUGCUUAAGGCAUUGGUAUUUGUCGAUUCUUCAUCUCUCCCAGCUCUGCAGCUUUUCUUUUGUACCCCUGGACUGGGUUAACUACUACUCCUACUUCUUGGGCAGCUCUAUUGAUUCAUCUGACAACUAUGAUCUAAUAAGACUACAACUAUCUCACAACUAUGAUCUAAUAAGACUACAGCUACUACAACUGGGUUAACUACUACAACUACUUUUUAUUACUUUCUUCUAAUAAGAGUCCAAAUAAGCCGCGGUCGUGGUCGAUCUUUGGACAUUGGCUUCGUGAUGGUGCGGUCUUUUUGCUACUACUUUGCGGCUGUUUUGGGCCCAUUUACUUACUCACGCAGAUGAUGUCGCUCAGCUUCUGGAACACCGGAAAAACGACUACAGCGGUCACAAGAAGCGUGGUCCUUACGGCUACACCACGACCUAAAAGCUAUAAUCUGUACUUCUUGAUGUUAGUUGGAGUUCUUUGGAAUAUUAAUAACGAGUCCUGAACACUGGUCUAACGUAAGUGCGGCUAAUGCAACAUCUGCUUCUGCAAGGGAAAGGGAAAUGUGGCCGCCUUGUGAAAGGAACACACCCUGUGGCGCACUUGUCCAAUUGGUGGGGCGGGAGGUCCACUCGGACCCGACACAUUAUGGGCGACCGUUAUCAGCACGUGGUAAUUGAGGCUUAUAUCAACGUGACCAAUUUAUCAACAUGAAAUUGAAUACCCACAUCAUUAUCCAUCUAUAUCAUCGUGAUCCGUGAAAUUCGCGAGAAGCAUCUAAGAAUAAGUACAACAACUAUGGUAGCAUCAAUCUCAGAAUCCGUUCCUGCGGUCGUCAAGAAUGAUAGCAUCAGGGACGUACUACACAUGACACCUACCUUGUUUGGCGCGGCGUUUUUCCGGUUUAUUUAGCAUCCCUGUCUCUCUAAAGUAGCUUUAUCGAUUAUCGGAAGGCGGCGGAGGCGCAAAAGAAGGCCAGGCCGUCAGCGCAGGGCCAAGGUUAUGAACAAUCCUAAGCUUCAUCUCACUGAUUUAGAAGUUCUUGUACAAUCUCCUACGAGAUAAAGCACACCCUGCAGCACCUCACGCUAGGCACAUUUAUUCACUCAACAUUCACUCACUCCUACUUAUCCUUUAAUAUAUUAUAAGUUCCACGACCUUCUGCUUUCCUGUAGAAGCAAAAUGAAACUUUUCUCCACUUUUCUCCACUAAUUAAAAGCUGGCGGCGUUCCUGAAACUGAAUCUCGCUCUUUUGGCGGGAAAAAGGAUCCAAAAAUAAUUAUGAAGAAAAACCCUCAAAGCACAUGAAGAAAAAUAACCGGUUGACCUUCACUCUAUUCCUAGGCUUAUUCCACCAUGCAAUAUAUGCUGAACUGGACGGCUGAACGGUUUAGGAAUUGUCGCCUUGCACCAUUUUCCGCCAUCUUUUGUGGCGUAUAUUCCGAAACUUGGAGCGAAUGGCGCUGACGCUAGAGACAAACGCCGCGAGAGGAGCAAACGCCACGCCAAAUUUGGAAAAUCGUGCGAGGUUUUGCGUGUCUUGUCUGUUUACUCCUAUCCCGCGGAAAGUUUCACAGGCAUUGCUAAGAGUGGAACUUUUGAAAGUGUUAGAAAUCGGAAAACAAGGCUCGCACCUAGCCCGCAUCCUUUCGCUUCUAACGCGGUGCGGCGUUCGCGCCUCUCCCGCACACUUUGGGCGCCGCUCGUCGAAGGCGGCAAAACGAAAGACCGCGGCGCGGCUUGGUAUUGGUCUGGGUCUCGUGUUGCGUCCGUCUUGGCGUGGGUCUGUGGCGUGCGGGAAGGGCUGCCGACGAGAGGGCGCCGGGCGGUCUGCCGCUCGGCCGGUGUGGUGUGUGGUUCUUUCGAUGUCCCGCGCCAUCUCUUUGAGUCGGUUGCUCCACUUUUUUCGUCAGCCCAGUGCGGCCAGCCUCGCUCGCUCGUGGACUUUGUUGAUCUCCUGGAGGGUGUGCUUGAGUUGUUCGAUUGGCUUAAUCGAUUUCCCCCCCCGCCCCUUCUCGCAAUUAUUAUUUUGGUAACAUCAUGAGGAUGAGCCACCUGCUCUCAGAAUACGAGUAUAGAAAACUUUAGUUCCCGGGAUUGGUGGUGGCUUUCUAGAACUGUGUGCUCGGUAAGAUCAUGGAAUCCUUACUGUAGUGGACGCAAAACCUCUAGAAAUAGAUUGUCAGAUCAUUACCUUUUCAGCUUCUUCCUUCAUACGUCCCCUAUGACCUGCUUCCCCCUCUGAUAGUGAUACUAGGAGACUGAUGGGGAUGCGAAUUAUCUUUUUCAAUCGCUUAGAGGAUAGUUCGUAAUUGAUCACCGUCUAGGGCUGAGGCGGGAGGCCCCCCCCAAAUCUAAUCCUAAAUCUAGUCCAGCACACACUAAAACUAAUUAGUAGAGAAGUACAGGAGUAGCUCAAGUUCUUAACUGAUUCGCGUGCUACCAGUAUCGCUUACUCCAGGGCUAAUUGGAAUCGAAUCAACUAUCAAAUUAGUUUAGCACUUAUUUAGAUCGCUUGACGGUACAGGUCAUCCUGUGGACGGCGAGCCAACACCUAAGGACCCAACCUAACUGAUACCCCCUGCAUGGGUACCGUACUACUAAUACAUCCGUACUUAGUUCAGUAUAUAAUGAUCAUAUGCAGCAGCAAUAGUAAAGCACCAGCUGUGGACGACCCUGAUAGUACACCAGUUCAACGAACAGUAUUUAUGUACAGAUCAUGUAUGACCUUGACCUCUGUAGCCGACAUGACGCAUGCCUACAUGGGAUUGCACUCGAUGCCAGUCUCCAUCUAAUCACGCAAGGAUCAAGGCUGCUAAAGCAGCUGGUAUUUACGGCUUGAUUUUGACAUAAUUCAUUUCAUCCACCGAGAAUAGUGAUCGUUUUCAUUUUCGUAUUCGUCUGCUUCCUGGACGUAGUUUCUUGGAGGAAAGAUGUGGCGUACUUGACUUCUUCAUCUUCUAGUGAGCGAGUCACGAACUAGAAGUCCAUUCUAUCGGUCCACACGCUACGUUCUAGUGAUCACGCCGAUGAGCGAGUCGGAGUCAGUGCGCUUUAUUCAUAGGUCCCUUUGGAAAUGAAUUAGGGCUUAGGGUCUAAGGCCGUGCUGCAAGUAGGCUCCAGAGUGCUACUUCCCAGGGAGCUUCGGCAGCAACAAGCUUCAGCGACGGGGCUAACAGGAACGGACGUCAAAAACACAGGGCGCCAAUGAAAGCGAAAGUUAAGUGCAGAAGUUCUUGAACCCAAUGCAGAAGUUCUUGGACGACCUCAUUUUUAGCUGGUUCAUCGAGUUCGAGGUAUAGUAUUAACUUAGUGUAACCAGUAUUAAUACUAACUACUGUUGUUACAUGUAUGAUAGAUUAGAUGAUGUACUAAGAAGUUUUCAGUGUAACUGUUAGGUAUACUUCUACAUCAUUAGAUAGUUGUUGUUACAUGAUCAGUUGUUACAUCCCUAGGAAUGGCCAACAUCGGUACAUACACAAUCACUAUUAUGGCUGUAGUUACCGUCUCAACUCUGUGUGUUGCUUUGCAGUCCUAAAAGUGCUGACGGUCUCCACGGCAAGGUCCCUGAAGCUAGCGACCCUUGCAGCUGCCCUUAACACUGUUCGGCCAGCCUAGUAGUAGUCCCUCCACGAUUAUAUUCGGCUUGUUCAGGCUACUUCUCAUCCGGUAGCUCCUCUAAUAAAUGACCAGGAGCUAAACGAGAUGUGGCGAGUAGUACAGCUACAGGUGCCGUCGUUUCGGAGGUUUCUAGUUUUAGUGACCAAGCACAACAUCCAGGGUACCGUCUCAUUAUGGCUACUUUCUUCUCAAUUUAUUUAAGCAAAGGGGCCCUCUCGCUAAGGCUACUUUCUUCUCAAUGUAUUUAUGCAAAUGAUGUUUACAUUACACACAGACAGAACUAUGAUCAUCAGGACGAGAAGCACUUGAUGAAGCACUGUAAUAUGAUGAAGACUACGUGAAAGAUGCUUCAUUCCAAGUAUUUAUUUAUUCGAAAACUUGAUUCAAUGAAAUAAGAAAAAGGAUAUAUCUCAGAAGAGCUUUCAUUGAAAUAAGCAGAAGGAACAAUAUAUCUCGAUGGCUCUGGUAUUAGGUAGCCUGAUUUUCAUUGUAGGGGAAAACAAGAAGGGAAUCCUUGUGGUCGAAUUCAGGUUACCAAAUACGGGAGCCAUUCGAUAGCCAUAGUAUCCGAGUAUAUUUUACUCUGAGAUGAAGGAGCAGGAGCUUAUUAGUUUCUACGAGAGCUAGGGCAUGAUACCCCUCCUACUCGGGUGCUGGUCGGUGAUUUCAUCAUGUUUUCGAAUAUUAGAAUUAGAACGCGCGGCGCCUAAAAUAAACGGAUAGUAAUAUAAACGUGGCCACUAUAGUUUAUUUAGAUACUUGGAUUACUUGACUCUUUUGGGUUUUUUGUUUCCUAGUUAGGUGUGCUCCACCGACAAUAUUAGAAUUAGAACCUCUUUCUCAUCCUAUCGUCCCAAUUCGAUGUUAUCCUAUCCUACUCAAUCAUAGAUGAAUAUAAGUAUUUAUAAUAUGGGUUCAUCUCAUAACCAAGGUUAAUAGGGACAUCUUCUAAUUUCUCGACAACUCCUGUACCUCCUACAUCAAGCGGUAGAGCUGGAAGGAGAAGAAGAAGGAGAGCCAAAAACCACGGUGAUCCUCAUUCUCCCGGCAGCACGACGCCGCACGGAAGUUCAUCUGGCACAGGGGAGCAUCAGGUGCCUGUGGUAGAAUUAAGGCUCGUCGGGAAAGAACGCGACUCAGUCUAAUUUCACUACGUACUCACUCACUUUCUUGACUGAAAACUAACUAAGAGAAUUUCUCUUUGACAUCACAUCAUCAAAGAUGAAGAGACUGCCAGUGGAGCAGGCGGAGAAACUGCGGUCAGAGUAACUUACAGACUGUUCUCUCACUGACUGUUCUCGCACUGACUGUUCUCUCACUGACUGUUCUCUUAGAGACACAGUGACGAGAGAACAACAUGAAGAAUUGAGUGUAUAAUUGCCACGGUUACAACGGGCUUAGGGAAAGGGAAGUAGUAGAACACCGUGACGGGCUUAGCCUUGGAAAAACAAAAAGUUGUCACAUACUAAAUAUAUUUAUAAAGUCUAAUGUAGUAAAGGUAAGCGGGACGUAGUUAGAAGUGUAGUAAAGAUCACUGAACAUAAAGGGAGGGACCACGUGUAUUUUGGAAGAGUAGAGGACUAUGGUCGAGGGACGACCAUCACGUCUUUUUUGUCCCUUCAGUAGAUGAAUGAGUCGUGGAGACUUCGUCCAACGAUCAUUGGCUCUCACCUCUAAUGGAAGAUGCGCCACCAGAACCGAAGGAGAGCUCCGAAGCAGAUAAAGGUGGACAUAAUGACUUGUUUUAUGGCAAAUCUGCAGGAAUUUGAAUACUACAACUAAUACUCACAUAAUGACUUGUUUUAUGGCUAAUCUGCAGGAAUUUGAAUACCAGUACCACUACUGGAUACUCAUAGAUACUAAUCAUGCAUGUUCCUAUUUGAGAACAAAACUCCCAGUCGCAGUCCCACAACCUUCUUACAACUAGAAGACUCAAGAAAUCUUUGUCGUGCUAAACACACACAUAAGACAACUGUUGUGCUGGUGAGAAAAUCAAGUGUAGUUUGGAGGCACCUCUUGCUGGGCACAUUCAUUCAUUCAUUCAUUUAUUCACCGUCACCCACCACAGCAGUCCUAUGUGUGUAGUUAGCACAGAUGCGCUGUCUUCAAGAAUCUUCUUCUAGUUAGACAGAGCGCAACAAAAAAUAUGUAUAUGACAGUAUUUGAUAGGCCGCAAGAGCAAAUAAGCCAGUCAUUUUCUAAUCCUCUGGGGGUUGGGCGUUGGUGAUAGUGGCUACUCUGU